AUGGCCGACAAACUCCGCAACCAGCAGGAACUCGAGCGCCUCCAGGCCAAGUACGUGGGCACCGGCCACCCCGACACCACGAGCUGGGAAUGGCGCACCAACAUUCAGCGCGACACGUACUCGUCCAUUGUCGGCCACCGGCCGUUGCUAUCCUACAUUGCUCUUGCGGAAAACGAGCCCGUCUCAAAAGUCCGCGCACAGCUGAUACGGAAGAUGAUUCAGCCCUGCGGACCGCCACCGCCACGAGAAGAGUAG